AUGCAUUUCAUCAAGACUUUCGUGUCUAUUUUCGCUCUCCAAACGCUUGCAACAGCACAGCUGGCGGAUCCUGAACUUGUUGCCCGCAAUGAGUACCGGGUCGCCCGUGAGAAUUACCUUGUUGCCCGUGACGAGUUUCUUGCAGCGCGCGAGCUUUAUCUCCGCGCAGGUGGUACUGGCAAGUGCGAGAGGGUGAAGAACGAGCUGGUUUGCGUGCCUUCUGUGCCUGUUAAGAAGAACUGGUUCAAGCCUACGCGCAAAACGCUUUGCCAGUGGCGUAUGAACCCCGGCGAUCUGUGUUACCUUUAG